AUGCUGUGUGACCUGUCCCUGCAGGACGCUCUGGUGAAUCUGAUCCGCAGAGCGCGCCCCGUCUUCCUUCAGUGCGUCGGUGCUAAAGUAGAAGCUGGAGCUUUUGAUGUUCCUUCUCUCCGAGUCCAGCUGAACUCCACCCAGAUCCUGUCCGCGCUGCAGCUACACCGCACAGGCUACCCGGAGCACAUGACUCUGAGCGACUUCAGGUGUCACUUCCAGGCUCUGUCGCCUCCGAUAAUGAAACGCUACGCCUCCAUGUUCGUGAACCACGACGAGAGGAAGGCGGUGGAGGAGCUGCUCUGUGAGCUGGAUCUGGACAAGAAGAGCAUCGUGAUGGGCUCCAGCAGGGUGUUUAUGAAGCGCGGUGUGUUGCGGUACCUGGAGCUCCAGAGGGACCAGCAGGUGAGCGGCUGGCUGCUCCACCUGCAGGCCGCCUGCAUGGCUCACCUGGCCCGACAGAAGUACCGCAAACUCAAG